CUAUCUACUCAUACCCCAGCUUCACUUCCCACGAUACUCUGUUGUCUUGCUAAUUGAUUCCCGAUGGAGAAGGUCCAGGACGCUCUGUACGCCUGUUUGCAUACUCCACUUAUAGAUCCUGUUCACUAACCUUCGUCUAGCAAUCCCGGCCACGAAAAGGACGACCAAGUUCUUUACCAGUCUGAUCCCGCCAAGGAAAAGGCUUCCACGUCCGCUCCACUUGAUAGCACAGCAUCGCAGAGCUCGUCCAAAGUCGAGAAGGUCAGUACAGGUGACAAAAUCAAGUCAAAGCUUGGAAGCAUGUACGUUCGCUCCUAAACUACAUCGAAUUGGCUCAUGUCCUUCAGAUUCAAGCGUGACAAAGCCGACGAAAAUCGGUCCUCCACAUCAUCAUCUGUGCCAGCGCCGGUAAAAUCUGCAACGAAUAUACAGCCGGACUCUUCUCGUGAUUCAGGUCAAGCUGGUCCCGUCGGAGCAGAGGCAGGAAGCGCAGCAAGUGUCAAGUCUGGAGUAGUCGGCCAGUCUCCUGAAAAGAAGCUUGCAUCAAUUGCCCCGCAGACAGAGACCACUCCUUCUAUCCUACCAUCAGCUGCUUCUCCUGGUGGAAUAGCUGGUGUUGGCAUUGCUUCACAAGUCAAUUCAGACGCUCCAGCUCCGACGAGCUCUUUGCCUCCACCAGGAACGGCUACCAGCGCAAUUCCGGUCGCGUCUCAGAAACAGACUUCAUACUCACCGAUUCAUCGUCAGGCACCUGUUUCGACCACUGCGACCAUAACCGCUCCAACCACCCAGCAGACACAGGGAUCAUCAGCUACGAUAGCUCCUGCGGCUGCUACACCCAAAGAUAACACUGCUAGAGAAGCUACUUUGGGAGUGGCAGGACUGACCGGCGGAGCAUUCUUAGGCGACACAGCACUGACUUCCAUUGGAACGGGGCCAUCUGAGACGAGUGAACCAAUCUCCACCACUUCACGCGCCACUAUCACAGGAUCAGGUGACUCUGCUGCCGGAACGGCUUUACCCGGUGGAACAUACGUAAGUAUUCCAUAAGACAUUGAUAUAGCCGCGCAUAUUCUAACGAGACUCCUGUUGCAGACAGCUACGUCAUACAAGCUUGAGUCUGGCGAUCCU